CUCUUUUCUCUUCUUUCUCUUCUGUUUUUGCUUCUUUCUUCUUUUUCAAACCACCAUCUUAUUUGCUUAAUCUGUUUUCUUCAUUUUCCUCAUACCCUCUUUCGCCCUUCAAUUCCUCCCCAUCAUCACUGUUACAAAAAACCAUCUUUAUUAUAAUAACUUUUUUGGUUUGCAAAGUUUGGAUUAAUGUUUUUCUUUAUCUGGGGCUGGAUAUAAUUGUUUCCAAUACAAUUUUCUUCAUAUCUAUUGCCUUUUCCAUAAGAUUUUUGUUUUUGUUUCUUUCUAUCCAUUGAGAUAUACAUGUACCAGAAGAAUUUACAAAUUUCAUCAGCCCAGUUAAAAAUUGGCCAACUUAUGUCGGAUGCAUGAUGCCUUUAACUCUUCCAAUUGCUUCUUACAAAUGGAGGACGUUGAAGACAAGCCACCCCCAGAAACCUCUGUAAUAAUGGCUGAGCAGAAGCCGCUGGCAGAAACCCCUGAAGAAAACAGUGAAGUGAUGGCUGGCACUGGUUUUCCCAGAGAGUUCUCUGACUUAGAAGUGUCCCUAAAUACUUCUAACGAUAAAACUAUUGCACAAGUUGAACAUCUUCCCACAGGUGAUUCAGCUUCUAUUCCUGAAGCUACAAUUCAUGCAACAGAAGAAAGCCACCUAGAUGAAAAUAACUUUAACAGGCAGAAGGAAGGUGUUUCUGCUGUCACUGCUAGCAGUGAUGUUGAUAAUCUGAUGAAUCCCUCAACAUCAUCUUCUGAAGCAAAAGAGUUGCAGACUGGCCCCGUAGAACUAAUAACAGACUCACCUCAAACCAUGGUUGCUGAUUUUGCAGUAGAUAAUUCAGCUUCAACCUCAAAAGAUGCUGUUCACGUAAGGGAACAAAGCAACCAAGGAGCCAUGCCUGCAGAUUCUGAAGCUGGAGAAUUAGAAGAUAUGUCAAAUAGGCAACAGGGUGGUGGUUCUACUUUCUGUGAUGGCAGUGAUGCUGAUAAUCAGAUGGAAUUGUCAACUUCCUUUUUCAAGGAAAAAGAGUUGCAGAAUGAUCACAAAAAACUAAAGAUUGAUAUACCUCAAACAAUUGAUACUGAUGUUGUUGUGGGAGCUGUUGAUCCACCUGCUGCCAGUGAUCAGAUGACUUCCUCUUCUGAACAGAUAGAGUUGCAGAAUGAUCAGAAAGAACAGAAGACAGAUCCGUCUCAAGACAAUGUUACUGAUGUUGCUUUGAGAGCUGAUGAUUCACCAUCUGCCAGUGAUGAUAGUCAGAUAAAACUCUUGGAUUCCUCUUCUGAAAAAACAGAGUUGCAGAAUGACCAGAAAGAACAGAAGACAGAUCCAUCUCAAAUCAAUGUUACUGAUACUACUGUGGGAGCCGCUGACUCACCUAGUUAUGCCAAGCAGAUGGCUGCAAGAAGAGGCCUUAUUGAUACAGCUGCUCCAUUUGAAUCUGUCAAGGAAGCUGUUUCCAAAUUUGGAGGCAUUGUGGAUUGGAAGGCUCAUAGAAUCCAGACAGUGGAGAGACGCAAACAUGUAGAGCAUGAACAUGAAAAGGCACAGCAGCUGAUCCCAGAAUAUAGAAAAAAAGCCGAGGCUGCAGAGAAAGAAAAAAUGAGAGUACUGCAGGAGCUGGAUACCACUAAGAGACUAAUAGAAGAGCUUAAACUCAACCUAGAGAGGGCUCAAACAGAAGAGCGUCAGGCAAGACAAGACUCAGAACUUGCAAAGCUGAGAGUGGAAGAGAUGGAGCAAGGCAUUGCAGAUGACUCCAGUGUUGCAGCAAAGGCACAGCUUGAGGUAGCUAGAGCUAGGUAUUCAUCAGCUGUCAUAGAGUUAACAUCUAUAAAAGAAGAGUUGGAUUCAUUGCGUGGAGAAUAUGCCUCCUUAGUUGUUGAAAAAGAUGAAGCUGUCAAGAAAUCUGAAGAGGCUAUUGCUUCAUCAAAGCAAGUGGAGAAGACAAUGGAAGACUUGACCAUUGAGCUGAUUGCAACAAAGGAGGCACUGGAAAGUGCACAUGCUGCACACAUGGAAGCAGAGGAACAGAGAAUAGGAACAGUCAUGGCAAAAGAUCAGGACUGUCUCCUUUGGGAGAAGGAACUUAAACAGGCAGAAGAAGAACUCCAGAGUCUCAACCAGAAAAUUUUGUCUGCUAAGGAUCUCAAAUCUAAAUUGCAAGCAGCCUCAUCUUUGCUGGUUGAUUUGAAAGCUGAAUUAAGUGUUUAUAUGGAAUCAAAGCCUGACCCAGAAGGUGAUGAGGAAGGAAUCUCCAAAGAAGGGCCAGAGAAACCAGAGAAGAAGACACACAGUGAAAUACAAGAAGCAGUUGCAUCUGCCAAAAAGGAACUUGAGGAAGUAAAGCUUAACAUAGAGAAAGCCACCACUGAGGUAAAUUACUUGAAGGUGGCCGUAGCCUCCUUGAAAACAGAACUUGAAAAUGAGAAACUAUCCUUUGCCUCCAUGAAGCAAAGAGAGGGAAUGGCCUCCAUCACAGCUGCAUCUCUUGAAGGUGAACUGGAGAACACUAUAUCAGAAACGGUUUUGGUUCAGAUGAAGGAAAAGGAAGCCAGAGAGAAAAUUGCCGUGCUACCAAAGAAGCUACAGCAAGCAGUUGAAGAGAAUAAUCAGGCCAAAUUGCUUGCUCAAGAAGCUCGUGAAGAGUUGCAGAGAGUAGAGGAGGAGGCUGAAGUAUUAAAGGGCAGUGCAAGCACAUUGCAGAGCAAAUUACUAGCAGCUGAAAUGGAGAUAGAAGCUGCCAGGGCAUCUGAAAGGUUGGCAAUAGCAGCAACUAAAGCAUUGCAAGAGAGUCAGUCACCUAAGAGCAACACCGAAGUGGAUUCAUCCAAUUGGGUGACACUUUCAGUGGAGGAGUACUAUAAUCUCAGCAAACAAGCACAUGAUGCAGAAAAAGAAGCCAACAUGAGGGUUGCAACAGCUAAUUCUAAAAUUAAUGCAGCGAAGGAAUCUGAAUUGAGAACCUUGGAGAAGUUGAAUAGUGUGAGUAGAGAGAUGGGUUUGAGAAGAGAAUCUCUGAAGAUGGCCAUGGAGAAAGCUGAAAAGGCCAGGGAGGGAAAAUUAGGUGUAGAACAAGAACUAAGAAAAUGGAGGGCUGAUCAUGGGCAACGAAGAAAGGCUGGUUCAGUAGGCAAAGAAUUGGUUAAGCAUCAAAGUAGUAAAAGUUCAGACGCUGCUCUUGAAAGACACAAAGGAUCAAACAGUUUUGACAAAUCUCAUCGUUUACCUGUUCCUCUUCGUUACUUUUCCAGUUCAAAGUCAUACGUCCAUUCUAACAGUGGAUCUGUGUCAUCAUCGGAUGCGAAGACCGGAAAGAAGAAGAAGAAGUCAUUCUUCCCAUGGGUUUUGAUGUUCUUUGGGAAGAAAAAGUCUCACACAACACAUUCAGGGUAAUCCAUCAUGGAAAAUACAUGCAUUGUCAUGCUCCACCUAUCUCAACAUGUCAUCCUUCUGGAGAUUAUUCAAAACUAUAUCACACUUGUACAUGUUAGUCAUUGCUGUAUGUAUGGUUGAUUGCAUCAUACUCCAUCUCACUCAGAGAGGACUGUGAAUGGUCUCCAACUCACCGAUUUAUGACAACAUGAAAUUAAGCUCUUCAUCAAUGGUGAGAAAAGAAAAAAUAAGAUCAUUCUGUAUUGUGUACAGGCUUCUGAUAUUUUGAACCUCGGCUUUUGUAAAGUUAUGUAUCAGAUUUGAUCAAAUCAAGAAUUUUGAGUUUGAGAUUUGAAUAUCAAUGGCACAUUUAGUGUGUGCAUAUUGGAAACAUUUCA